GGAGCUUUCAUUGGUGGAAUAAAGAUAUCAUCACUUGGAUUUCGAUGUUGUGAAAGUUCUGACAAUCAUGAACACAAGUUCUGGAAAGUUAAACUCACAAACAUUUUCUGAUUUACAGAAUAACAGUCCUCCAGAUUUACAGAAUAAAGAAAAUCAUACUGUGAAAUUUACCGCUGGUGAUUCUGUCCAGUUAAAUAAGUUACCUUUGCUUUGCAGAGGCACAAAUCGUCAUCACUUGAAAUCUGUGAAACGGCGGCUUGUGUACAAAAAUGGUGAGGUGAAUGUAACACAAAUACACAUACGUAAACGUCGCCGCCGAUUUCUAAUUGAUAUUUUUACAACUUUGGUUGAUAUAAAAUGGAGAUACAAUUUAUUACUUUUUCUAUUGGCUUUUAUUUUAAGCUGGCUCACAUUUGCAGCAAUUUGGUGGUUGAUCUGUUUUUCACAUGGAGACUUAGACCAUCAACUGAAAAACUCAAACCACAUACCAUGUGUGAAAGAAAUACACUCUUUCACAUCAGCAUUGCUGUUUUCGAUUGAGACACAACAUACUAUAGGAUAUGGUUCCAGACACACAACAGAGGAAUGUCCAGAGGCCAUUACUGUAAUGAUGAUUCAGUCGUGUUUCGGGGCUAUAUGUCAAGCUUUGAUGACUGGGAUCGUAUUCGCAAAGCUUUCUCGACCGAAAAAAAGAGCAGAAACACUCAUGUUCAGUAAACACGCAUGCAUCUGUAAGCAAGAUGGAGAGUUAUGUUUACUCAUAAGGAUUGGAGAUAUGCGAAAAUCUUGCCUUGUAGAGGCUCAUGUCAGAGCUGUUCUGAUAAAAAAGAAAAUAACGGAAGAAAACGAGGUCCUGCCUCUCUUUCAGUUUGAUGUAAAUUUGGGAUUUGAUGAUGGAAGUGAUAGAAUCUUUUUAAUAAAACCAGUAAUCAUUAGCCAUAUUAUCGAUCAAAAAAGUCCAUUCUGGGAAAUGUCUCAAGAGGACCUGCAGAGAGAACAGUUUGAGUUGAUAGUCAUUUUGGAAGGUAUUUUGGAAUCCACUGGAAUGACUAUCCAAGCCAGAAGUUCUUAUCUUCCAGGGGAGAUACUGUGGGGACACAGAUUCGAACAUUUGGAUACAUUUCAAACAGAAACUGGACAAUAUCAAACUGAUUUUUCUCGUUUUGACAAUACCACACCUGUGGACAUACCUCUCGGCAGUGCUAAGGAACAAACAGAAGAUGAGGAAUCCUCACAAGAUUCAUCUGUAGACCAACCCGGAUGAAUAAGAUGCCAAAGAACUCUAUAUUACAAAGCCUUUUUAAAUUAGGUAUACCGAUAAUCAUUUAAAUAUGGCGCUGAGAAUUGUACAAAGAUGCAUCGCAGAGUCCAGUGUUCUUUCAAACCCGUCUUUACUUCUCGCUGCUGUAAAGGAGAAACUUCAGAACUACUGUGCGACAACAUAUUCAAAAAAUUGUAUUCUUAAAGACAUCAAAAUACUUUAAGAAAACUUAAACAUUUUUUUGGUCAAAAAUCGACAUUAUCGAAACGUAUGGCUUUUCAACAUAUCAUACAACCAUUCCUCAUGAUAAAUUAUAAAGACAAGACUUUUAAUUUUGACAUCAUAGACAACUGUUUCUCCAAUAAAAUUGGAACUCCGAAAA